AUGGGCCAGAAGCGCCAGAGAGAGCAAAAGGGUCCGAAUUCACAGUUCAAAAAGCAAAAGAGGACCGCCAAGCCCAACGGCACGACGGAGAAAGAGCUGCAGCCGGAGGUUGCUGUCGGAAUCGACGAGCUCAAUUGGAAAGAGGUUGCGCUGCCUGAUCGGCUCGAUAGCUUCGAGGGAUUUUUUGGGUUGGAAGAGAUUGAGGGGGUGGAUGUUGUCAAACCCCAAGGGAAAGGAGAGCUGCGAUUCAAGUCUAUUCUGAAGAAGUCUGAACCGAAGGCGGAUGAUACCAAGUUCGAUGACGAAUGGAGUGGGUUUAGUGACGGGGAACCUGCGGACCAGAACGGUGGCUCCGAAGCGAAGCAGGCAUCCAAGCCAACGAAAGUGAACGAGAAGCAACCCGAGGCGACAAAAAAGAAGGAUAAAAAGGAGACCAAAACCAAGGAUUCUAAAAAGACACCCAAAGAACAGAAAGAGAAGGGAGGAUCUAAGCCUGAAGACCGCAACAUCAAACCGGGGCUUUCAUUUGCUGCACUGGAAGACGAAGCAGAUGAUGACGGUGCUGAUAUUUCUGCGUGGGAGCCGCUAGGUCUCUCACCGGAGACACUUACCAGCUUAUCGAAAUUGAAGUUUAGCACCCCCACCGCAGUCCAAAAGUCGUGUAUACCUUCAAUUCUCGAUGGACACGAUGUUGUCGGCAAAGCAUCUACAGGUUCAGGAAAGACCCUGGCGUUUGGUUUGCCCAUCCUGGAACACUACCUUGAACAGGAGCGAAACCAAAAGAAGGAUGACUCAGAAGAAGAAAAGAAGGAAAAGAUCCCAAUUGCUUUAAUUCUCUCCCCUACUAGGGAGCUUGCGCAUCAGCUGCAGAAGCAUAUAUACAGCAUCAUUUCGAAUGCCCCAGGAGCUAAUGCUCGAACGGCACUUUUGACUGGUGGUCUCUCUGUACAGAAACAGCAGAGACUACUUGAUACGGCUGACAUUGUGAUCGGUACCCCUGGUCGAGUUUGGGAAGUUCUUCGUACAGGGCAAGGCUUGAUUCGAAGAAUGCAAGGCAUAAAAUUCCUUGUCAUUGACGAAGCUGAUAGACUUCUGAGCGAAGGUCACUUUAAGGAAGUUGAGGACAUUCUGGGUUCGCUUGACCGUGUUGAAGAUGGAGACCCACCCGAUGAAGAAGACAGUUUGUCCAGGGAGGAAGAUGCUCACCCUAGCUCUCAAAGACAGACCUUGGUUUUCUCAGCUACCUUCCACCGCGACCUGCAGCAGAAGCUCGCGGGGAAAGCAAAAUCGACCGGGGGAGAUAUAAUGAGCAAAAAAGAAUCCUUGGAAUACCUUUUGCAGAAGCUCAAUUUCAGGGAGGAGAAGCCUAAGUUUAUCGAUGCGAACCCUGUUUCGCAGAUGGCUGAGGGUCUUAAGGAGGGCAUUGUUGAAUGUGCUGCAAUGGAAAAGGAUCUCUACCUAUACACGCUGCUUUUAUAUCACCCUAAGCUCCGCACCCUAGUCUUCACAAACUCCAUUUCUGCAGUUCGGCGGGUAACGCAGCUGCUUCAAAACCUACAGAUACCAGCUUUAGCACUUCACUCGUCAAUGGCUCAAAAGGCGCGUUUACGCUCUGUUGAGCGCUUCUCGUCACCAACGGCGGAACCUGGUACUGUACUCGUAGCAACUGAUGUUGCGGCGCGUGGUCUCGAUAUUAAGGGCAUUGACUUUGUUAUCCACUACCACGCUCCACGUACCGCAGACGCAUAUGUCCACCGUUCUGGUCGUACAGCUCGAGCGGGCGCUUCAGGAAAGAGUGUUAUCGUUUGUUCUCCCGAGGAGAUGGUAGGCGUGGUUCGCCUGGCUGCCAAAGUGCACGCUAAUAUGGCAAAUGGGAAACGAAUGCCCCUCGAGUCUCUCGAACUCGACCGCCGGAUCGUCUCGCGAAUUCGCCAGCGGGUGGUUCUCGCGGCUCGAAUCACAGAUUCCAAUAUAGCUAAGGAGAAGAUCACGUCCGAGGAUAACUGGCUUCGGAACGCUGCCGAAGAUCUUGGGGUGGAAUACGAUAGUGACGAAUUCGACCAAGCUCAAGGCUGGGGUCGCGGACGUGGUCGCGGACGGCAGGAGCGAGAUAGGCAAGUUGGCAGCACUUCCAAGGCUGAGCUAGCGGGGAUUCGUGCCGAGUUAAAGGAUCUCCUAUCCCAGCGGAUAAACCUUGGUGUGAGCGAGAAAUACAUCACGUCGGGACGUGUCGACAUCGAGGCUCUACUACGCGGGGAAAAUAGCGACAACUUCCUAGGCCAAGUUGACCCUCUCGGGUUCUAG